GAGAAGGCCUAAGACGGUUUCUUUUGUUCUUUUCAACUUAAUUUUAUUGUACUCUGUUUAUAUUUAAUAAUAAAUAGUUUUAAAAAAUAUUAACAACAUGGGGAAAGGCGAAUUAAGGAAAGUUACACCGCUCGUUGAUAUGUUCAGAAAUUUUCUUCUUGGGAGAAAGCAUACUAAUCCUCUUAGAUAUGGUGAUUACUACGCUCCAAGAACUCAGCCUCCUCCAGUGCUUCCUGAAGGACCAGCUCACAAGUUAUCAGAUAAUUAUUACUGUGCAAGGGAUGUCAGAAGAGAAGUAGUUCCACCGUUGACUUUAUCCGAUGGACCAUCAAUAAAACAAAUCGCUGGUUCAAGUGGUGGAAGCAAAGAAGUCGGACAAGUUUUGAAAACUCCAGGGCAACCGUGGCAGUGGGAUUGAACAUUUACUGAUAUUGUUAGUGAUUUGUAUUUAUUGUAAAAAGGAAAUAAUGUUAAAAAUAAAAUUAAUGUUGAAUUACACACUA